AUGAAAGUUCUCGUGGUGGGCUCACUUGGCGAAAAGCUUGAACAAGCAUUGGACAAGAUUGCUACGAUUAACAAAAAACAUGGUCCAUUUGAGUUGCUUCUUUGUGCUGGAGAUCUGUUUGGUUCCGAUCCAGCCCAGCAACUCGUGGUUUUGGAAUCUAUUCUUGUUGGUAAAAUCAAGAUUCCUAUUCCGACAUACUUUAUGGCUGGUAAACAUGUGUUGGCAGCCAAGUUGAUGGACUUGAUUGAAAAGACUGAAGGCCAGUUGACAGAAAAUCUGAUUUAUCUUGGCUCGAGAGGAACGACGACCACCGCUGAUCAACUGUCCAUUUCAGUCUGUAGUGGUGUAAACGCAGGUCAGUAUAGCAAAAAACAGUCUGGACAAAUUUUAGAUAUUCUAUUGUCAUCAGGAUGGCCAUCGCAAAUUCAAAUGCAAUCGCCGCUUGCGACGGUCAAACUCUCUGGAAAGUUGCUUUCAGUUGGAUCGGCUUUGGCAUCAGAUCUAGCAAUAGAACUCGCACCUAGAUAUAUGUUUUCAACUGACGAAGGUGUGUUUUUUGAACGUGAACCCUUUCAAUUCGGUGGUGCUGCACACUAUACAAGAUUUAUUGGUCUAGGUGCAUUUGGAGCAGCAAACAAAGAGCGGUGGUUUUAUGCCAUGAAUAUUGUACCGGCUGCUACGCUAGACACAAACACACUCAAGACUAAACCGGAAGUGGUAACCUCGUGUCCACUUACUCUUUCUCGUAGUGAAACCAAUCAGUCUACCAGUUUGAAGCGUCCUAGCGAAACAGAAACUGCCACUUCUUUCUUUUGGGAUCAAGGUAAUCCAACAGACGGACGAAAGAAACGACAAAGAGCUCCACCCGAUACCUAUGUGUGUCAUCGAUGUAAACAGCCUGGUCAUUGGAAAGACGAUUGCACAAUGGAGCAAGCACAGCAUCAGCGAUCAUCUGGCACACUUCCUGAUGGAUAUGUGUGCAAGAUCUGCAAUGUUCCUGGACAUCACAUUCGCGAGUGUCCAGAAGCUAAUCAUAACCGACUUGACCAGUCUGGCCAUCGCAAUCCAAACGGGCUUUUGACUCAUCGCGAUGAUUCAUUGUGCUGGUUUUGCACUUCCAACGAAAAACUUGAAGUGCAUCUCAUUCUUACAAUCCUAGACAAAACUUACAUUUCAAUAGCAAAAGGUGGAUUGGUGCCUGGUCAUGUUCUCAUUGUACCCAUUACACAUUUUACUAGCACACAAAGCAUACAGCAUCUCAGCGAUACUGAUACUAGCACGGAUGAAUCAAUUGACGCCAAGGAAACCAUCAAUGAAAUGAAUCAAGUUCAGCGUCGUAUUCGAGAAAUUGAAACUACUGCUCAAAAUGAUGUGGUUGUAUUCGAAGUCUAUACUGGCAAAAACAUUGAAAAUCCAGCACAUCAACGGUUGCAUCAUCUCCAUUUACAAGUCGUGCCAGUACCAAAAGGAAAAACUCAUGAGAUUGAGGCAGCAUUUAAAAAAGAAGCAGAGAAACAGCAGCUAGAAUGUUUGAAUGAGGUUCCUAAAGACGAUUCUGUGCCAUAUUUGAAAGUCGAACUGGAAAAUGGAAAAACGUUGGUUUUCUCACCAAGUACAGAGCGAAUUGCUGAAAUAGCUGCAGCAAGAAAAACACCUGGCUCACGAGCUCCAAGACUAUUUGAUAUGCAAUUAGGCCGUCGCGUAAUGGCUGAUGUAUUAAACAUGCCAGAUCGUGCCGAUUGGAAACAAUGCGUAGUGAAUAUCAAGGAAGAGGAGGAAUUGGUUGAAACUCUCAAACCUAUUUACGAAAACUUUCAAGACGAAUUAAACAAGUGAUCAACUAUACUUGCAGCC